AUGUAAUAAUGCAUGGUUUCAUAUCCACACGUAUGUAUCUUUUGAUUCUCUGUGUUAACGUCUCUCUACCCCUCCGAUAAAUCAGAAAACCCAAUCCCCACCAGAAAUCAAUUCAAACCUCUCUCAUCUGAUAUCCUCGCAGUCCCUGCUAUAUAUAUAUAUAUACAGCCAUGCUGUCGUGACUUGGUUUACAUGCAGAAAAGCCGGCGUUUGUUUUCAAUACGCAUCAGAUAGGCAGAGUGAUCAGGUUUUGAGGGAGAAUUGAGAGGAUGGAUUUCCUGAGGGCUAGAGGUUUGCGCUACAAGGCUAUCGAUGAGGUUGAUCUGGGCGCCUCAAGCGACGAGGUUUAUCUCCGAGCUAACGUAAAAGCGCCGCGUAUGGCUGGCGCUCUGGUUAAAGUUUUUGUGUGGUUCUUGGAAUUACCAAUCUUUGGGCGCAUUCUCAUCUACUUUCUCAAGCGACAAAAUCUCAUUCACAAGCUUGUUUCAUUUGCUGAGUUGCAGGAGUCACCUCUCUAUGUCCCAAUGCACCCAUAUGAUGAUGCUGUAGAGAAAGAAGUGAAAUGUGUGAAGUCUAACUUAUCUCCACCUGAACAAGUUAAACAGGCCAUGGAUUGUCUUCAGUCUUCCCAAAACAUGAAGCAUAUUCCAGACCUCAGUUUUCGGCAUUGGACAAUAGCAGACUAUUCAAGGGCUUAUCUGUCAGGAGAAUUAACUCCUCGCAUGCAAUUUGCUAUUCAGGUUGCAGAUCGCUUGAUAAAUGCAGUCCGUGAAUCAUCCAGUUCUGAAUUGCAAAUGGGGUUUUAUAUUAACUUUGAUGCUGAAGAUAUACUGAGGCAAGCUGUUAAGUCAACUAUUCGUUAUGAAAGAGGAGAGCCGUUAUCAGUAUUGGAUGGUGUUCCUAUAGCUAUAAAAGAUGAAAUAGAUUGUCUGCCGUAUCCAACUACAGGGGGUACAACGUGGAUGCACAAAGUAAGACCUUGUAAAGAUGAUGCAUGCUGUGUGAAGCGACUAAGGCUAUGUGGUGCGAUACUCAUGGGGAAAACAAAUAUGCAUGAACUUGGGGCUGGAACUAGUGGGAUAAAUCCUCACUAUGGGAGCACAAGAAAUCCACAUGAUCCCCAGAGGGUCGCUGGUGGCUCUUCCAGCGGCUCUGCAGCAGUUGUAGCUGCAGGGUUAUGCCCUGCUGCACUUGGUGUUGAUGGUGGAGGAUCUGUGCGAAUGCCUGCUGCUCUUUGUGGAGUUGUUGGUUUCAAGCCAUCUUUUGGAUGUGUAUCUCAUUCUGGUGUUCUUCCUCUGAACUGGACAGUUGGAAUGGUUGGGAUAUUAGCUGGUACAGUUGAAGAUGCACUCGUUGUAUAUGCAGCUAUUUGUGAAGCCUCAGUUUCUGAUCAAUCCACAGCUAAACCGCCCAAAUUAUGCUUCCCUCUACUGAAAUCACCAGUGCUCAUAUCCGACAUCACCUUAGCCAAAUACGGGGAGUGGUUUAAUGACUGCACUGAAGAAAUAAGAGUCUGCUGUACUCAAGCCUUAGCUAAGCUACAGAAAAAAUACAGCUGGAAGAUCAUAGAAGUGACUGUACCGGAGAUAGAGGUGAUCCGCCUGGCACAUUACGUAACAAUUGGUUCUGAAUGCAGUACUUCAAUCGCAUGCCUGCUUGACAAGAUUAAUCGAGAGGAGUUAGGGUGGGAUGCUCGUGUAGCUCUUCCUGUCUAUGGCUCCUUUAGCAGCCGGGAAUAUUUGAAUGCUCAGAGAAUCAGAAACCGUCAGCUGCAGUUUCACAAAAGGAUAUUUUCCCAGGCAGAUGUUAUUGUUACACCAACAACGGGUGUAACUGCUUAUGAAAUAAAGAACGAUGUAUUGCAAACCGGAGAACUAGACUAUGUAAAUGGAGCUGCACUAGUGCGCUUUCAGAUUGCAGGAAACUUUCUGGGACUUCCAGCAGUGACUGUCCCGGUCGGAUAUGAUAAGUCAGGAUUGCCUAUCGGCCUGCAGUUUAUCGGGAAGCCAUGGGGUGAUUCCAUGUUGAUUCACAUUGCUUAUGCAAUGCAAGAAGUAUGCAUCUCGGAGUAUAAGAAGCCAGAGGUUUACUAUGAUAUUCUAUCUGGUUAAAGAUCAUAUCAAAUCAUAUAUUCAUAUUUUCCUCGACAUCAUAUAUUGAUAUGGGAAGUUGAAUACUUUAUCAAGAAACUAUGACCACCAGAGAGUACUUAGAACCUAUUAACUUGUUUGGCAAUUAGCUCUUAAAGAUUAACGAAUUGUAUUAACUAAGCUGGUAGU